AUGGCAUGUCCCGUCCCAACUGCCAUUUCUAACGGAUAUUAUGUUGGGGCAAAGGUAUCGUAUUCAGCGGGUGACGUCAUACAAUACGUCUGUAACACUGGUUACGUCAUGUCCGGAAGUCCCGUGGCUGUCUGCGAUGUGUCGGGGAAGUGGAUUCCUGCCUCAGGUUCUCUACCAGAAUGCAACAACUCAUAUCUAUCUAACAUCUGGUUUUUACUGGUGAUAUCGUUGAUGGGGUUCGUCGCGUUUGUCAUCGUUUUGAUUCUUACCGUCAUAUGUUGUAAGGUGUGUUGUAAAACUCGUGUUGACGACGAAGAGAGUGAAACGGAGGAUGGUGGGUGUUGUAGAUCGAGAUGUGCAUGCUGAACUUUGUCACUGUGAUGUCUGCGUCGACUCGUCCAAGAAGACAAAGAAACUUCCGAUCGAGAUGAAUAUAGUCCUUCAAAGACUUCAGAUAACGACGCAUCCAUAAAAAGAUACCAAGCGGUUACAUAUAAACUAAAACAGAAAAUCUGUCAAAUAAGGAGAACAGUAUGCGUGGCCGUCAAGGGAAGACCUUUGGAAAAGGGAACAAAUGAAACAAAUGAUAGAACAAAACGGAAGAAAGUUAGGAGGUGAAAAGCAUUUAAAAAGUCUUCCAAAAUCGUUAACUCCAGCUGAAAGUAUCGGCAGAGCACAUAUAAGUCCGUGACAUUGAUACGUGUACGAACAAAAACUCUUUAUUAAGUAUUCAUACAAAUAUGUGUACAUUCCAUUACAUACUCAUUUAAUCAGAUUUUUGGUACAUUUAUAAUAUAUUUACAAAACUGAUUACAAUUUUGUGCAUAAUAUAAUUGCACUUUAUCAUGUUAAUAGUUGUAUUACUGCAUGUGUAUUUAUCAUGUUUAUAUGUAAUCAUAAAUGUUAUAUGUCAUGCCUGACUAGGCCCUAAUUUGGAAAAUAAAUUUUAUUCUAUGAUUAGAAUAUAAUCCACUUUUUUACCCAGUCAGCAGUCACUAAAUUUUCUUUAAAGUGAUGUUAUUAAUCAUUAAGUUCUCUUAGCUCCCACUUAGGUCAAAUAUCAGUUGACAUUAGAUUUGCAAUUCACUUUUAAUCAGCAAAUGAAAAGGUAUUUUGUUUUAAGUGAAUUGGAUCAUAUUUAGUAAAAUUUAGCGAUUAGGAAGGGGCUCAGUCGCUUUGCUUCC